AUGACCGUCUCCAAGAUGUCAUGGCAGCCUCCGUACCGUGGCUCAAAGUUUCGUCACGUUUAUGGAAAACCAGCGGGUAAGGGCCAGACUUAUGAUGGCCUGCCAAUCACACACGGUGUCCAUGACAACCACUGCUGCGCCGUCAAUGCACGCUUCAUCGCGGUGGUGACUGAGUGUGCUGGGGGCGGAGCCUUCAUCGUAAUCAACUUACAUCACAAGGGCCGCGUGGACCCUCAUCAUCCCCGUGUGUGUGGUCACAGCUCCCGGGUUCUGGAUGUUAAGUGGGACCCAUUUGACGACCUGCGUAUAGCUUCCUGUUCAGAAGACUGCACGGUGAAACUCUGGCAGAUUCCCAGUAAUGGACUGAAGGAGAACCUGAUCAAACCACAGAAGGAGUUGUUAGGCCACGCCCAAAGGGUGGGGCUUAUUGAGUGGCAUCCAACUGCAAAGGACAUCUUGUUAAGCUCCGCCUAUGAUUAUAGAGUGUGUGUGUGGCGUGUGGACCAUGUGGGCGUGGCAGUGGUGAAGACGCCGGUGUGUGUGAUACACACACAUCCAGACAUGGUGAUGAGUGUGAGCUUCAAUGAGGACGGCAGCAGAAUCGCCACAACAUGCAGAGACAGACGAGUCCGAGUUCUCGAACCGCGCACAGGACACACGCUUCAGGAGUCAUGUAAUGGGUCGCAUAAGGCCUUCAAGGUUCUAUUCCUGUCCAACCAAAACCUGCUGCUCACAACCGGAACCUCCAAGUGGAACCAAAGACAGUUCGCUCUGUUUGACCCGGAUGAUUUGUCAGAGCCGUUGGUGGAGGAGGACGUGGAUGGAGGUUCUGGAGUUCUCUUUCCAUUUUAUGACCCUGACACACACAUGCUCUACCUGGCUGGAAAGGGAGAUGGUAACAUUCGGUACUAUGAGGUGAGUGCAGAGAAACCAUACAUUCACUUCCUGGCAGAAUAUCGUUCCCCAUUACCACACAAGGGCCUGGGCGUGAUGCCGAAGCGAGGUCUAGACACAACGCAGUGUGAAGUGUUCCGUUUUUAUCGGCUCGUUACAGUUAAAGACCAGGUGGAGGCGCUGUCCUUCAUCGUACCACGCAAGUCGGCGGACUUUCAGGAGGACAUUUACCCGAUGACGCCGAGCAACCAGGCGGCCAUGACGGCUCAGGAGUGGCUCAUGGGGCAGAACAGGGGCCCGGUGCUAAUGUCUCUGAGACCUGUGAGCAAAGUGCAGAACCCUUACCCGGCUCCGGAGCAGGAAGCUCGGCUCGAGCGCUCGUCUGACGGCACCGACGGCCUUCGGGACGUUUACGGGGCGGAGAAACCAGUGGCCAAUCAGAAGGCAGAUGAGAACGCUGACCUGUCAGAGUGGCAGGAGGAUGAGACUCAGUGGAACAGCCGGAGAGACACGCGCCGCGGGGUUCGGUGGUGCGAAUCAGCGGCAUACACACCCCCAGGCGCAGAGAAGGGGCUGCUGAAAGUCUUCUAUAAGCAGCAGGAGGAGAUCCAAGCUCUACAGCAGCAGCUCCAUCAGCGGGACAGCAGGAUUCAGCACCUGGAGCUCGAGAUCAAGAACAUACGCAACCAGCUGAGAGCCUCGUUCUGAACCUGGUGGUUAAACACACACACACACACACACACACACUGACUCACUGGACAGAGAAUCAUCGGACAUGACUCGUGGACACCUGAGGGAGAGAGAACAGCUGGACAGAGGUGCUCCGGGGAGGCCUGUGCGUUCGGCGGCCAUCAUGGAACGUUUCCCCGGUGCGGUGAAAUUAAUCUGCAGAAAUGAGCUGCUUCUUAUUUUUAACUUCUUUUUUAAUACUUUUUAAUAAUCAACAUCUUAACGAAACACAACACACACAUUUGACACAGUUGAGAAAAGUUUAUUUAAUAAAACAUCACUACAAACAUCAUCAGGUGACAAACAUCCAUUGAUUUGCUUGGACUAAAAAAUACAAAAUGUUUAUCAAAAUUACAGUACAGUGAUAUUUCCAGCGUCACAAAUCAACUAAGUGACUCGUCUAAUACGGUAUGAUUAUCUAAUCUGAUCUAGUCUGAUCCUAAUGUAAGAUAUUGCUUUUAAACUUUUCUUCAAACACAACAAAGUUUGUGCAAAGCUGCUGCUCAUCAACCCCUCCUGAAAAUAAAAUAAAACAUCAGACUGAAUCGUGCAUCAAUACUUUGUGAGCAUCGGCUGCACGGCUCUGAUCACCUCCUGAAGACCCAUUCUUCUAACUUACACAUUUUAUAUUAAUUUUUACAUUUUAUAAUUU